UGCAGGAUGGCGAAGCUCGGCGGGGUCCUCCUCCUCCUGACGCUGUCAGCUGCUUACUACCUCUACACCCCGAUACCUGUCGGCAUCCAGGAGCCAUGGAGACUCAUGAUGAUCGACGCUUCAAUACGGACCAUCGGGCAUGUGGAGUCAAUGAGCAAGUGGCUGGGCUUGAUCAGUGUUGAUACCACUCUAUUGAAUCACCUUGUGCCUACGGACACAAACGCGCGGCCUGGAUUGAAAUUCAGUGACAUCACUUUAGCCGGCGUCCCGGUGCGAGUCUACGAACCUCUCGGCGGAGGGGAGGGUCACCUGAGGAGGGCCGUGAUGUUCUUCCACGGGGGAGGUUGGGCUGUUUCCAGUACCAAGAGUGGCGCAUACAACAACCUCUGCCAGACCAUGUCGUACGAGCUCAACGCUGUGGUGGUCUCUGUAGAUUAUCGCCUGUAUCCAGUCGUCUUUCCGGAGCCGUACUUGGACUGCCUCGCUGUUGCCAAGCACCUUCUGUCUCAUGAAGUUUUAGCUCAGUACUCGAUUGACCCCGAUCGUGUGGGCGUGGCCGGGGACAGCGCUGGAGGGAACCUUGCUGCCGCGGUGGCUCAGGAGAUUUCUCAGGACGACACUGUGACGGUGAAAUUCAGACUCCAGGCGCUGGUCUACCCGGCCCUCCAGGCUCUGGAUUUCAACACGCCCUCCUACCUGGACAGCCAUUAUGUCCCCCCUCUUUACCGUUCGACCAUGAUCAAAUUUUGGCUGCAGUAUCUGGGCGCGGGUGUCUCCGAGCAGCAGGCGGCGAUGAAGAACCACCACAGCGCCGCUGACAAGGUCCCGCCGGAGAUGUGGGCUCGGGUGGAUUGGGCCUCUCUCCUGCCUGCCAAGUUCAAGAAGAACCACAAGACCGUCAGAGUGCAGAAGAGCUCUCUGCUGAAGGAAGUCCCGGCCCUGCUGGACGUGCGGGCCUCGCCACUGCUGGCUAGCUCCGAGGUUCUGGCGAAAACACCUCGGGCGUACAUCCUGACGGCCGAGCACGAUGUCCUGAGGGACGAUGGGCUCAUGUAUGCUCGCCGCCUGCAGGACGCCGGCGUCACCGUCACCUCUGAAUAUUUGGAAGACGGGUUCCAUGGUUGCUUGUGUUUUGUCAGAGACGCCAUGUCCUUUGAUGUAGGAAAGAGAGCAGAGAAGAGCUACAUCACCUGGCUGCAGAACAACCUGUAGAAAGUCUGUGCUUCUCCAGAGCUUCAGUUUGUCCACGUCACCAUGGAACGUUAUUUUCCUCAUCAGUUGACAGAUCAGCCCUGCAGACGCCACUAAAACCCCUCAAAUUCACCAGAUCAUAACAGAAGCUGAACUCAGAUCUGAAGAACACUCCAGCUAGUUGCCAAAGAAAGUCAGUGUUGUCAGCUUCUACCAACCGUCUGGCCUGUUUGUCUGUUAGAUUGUGUAAACUACGAUUUUACACAUGAAAAUGUGUGUUUAAAAGUUUUAUCCUGAGGGUCUCUAGAGUUUGGAAUGGUAAACUUCAUCAUUCUGUGUAUCCUUCUGAGCACCUGCUUCAGGCCAGGAUCGCAUAGUCGAGUGACGACAUAUGGCAGGCAAAAUCACAAAACACAGGCCAAUCUUUUAUUUCAUAGACUUCAAUUGUAAUUUCAGUGGCACUUCAUGAUGAGCUCUUGACACUGUAUGACCGGAAAUAUUAAAAGAUUUUAAUGUGUUUUCA